GGAGGCCCAUAUCCGAACUCCUUCCAUCCUCAUUCCUCACUCACAGGCUUUUCUAUCUCUCUCUCUAAGAAGUGCUCUCACUUCACCGACGGCCGACCGGAUAUCCAUAAUAAGUCUCUGCUCGGAUUCUCAGUUGUCUGCUGAUUCCAUUUCCUAGGCUGGUUCUGGGAUCCAUGGCUUCAAAGCUUCAUCAAUUGAAAUCGAAGGCCACUCAGGCGUCCCAGUUUGUUGCCAAGCAUGGAACUGCUUAUUAUAAACAGCUGUUGGAGGAGAACAAGCAGUAUAUUCAGGAGCCACCAACAGUCGAGAAAUGUAACCUAUUAGCAAAGCAAUUGUUUUACACUCGCCUGGCUAGUAUUCCCCAUCGUCGCGAGGCAUUCUGGAAGGAACUCGAUUACAUCAAGCAGGCAUGGAAGAACAGGCAAGAUCUGAAGGUUGAGGAUGCUGGCAUUGCUGCACUGUUCGGCUUAGAGUGCUUCGCAUGGUUCUGUGCAGGCGAGAUCGUUGGGAGGGGGUUCACUUUCACCGGUUACUACGUAUGAGAUUAUGAAUGCAGAAACUUCGAGGCCAUUGUAAUUUCACAGGCUUGAAUUUGUGAGCUUCCUCUCCCUCUCGUCUCCAUCAUCAACCCAACAAUCCAGUGUUCGGUUACUUCACAUGAAAAGUUUUGUUUCGUCUGUGGCGAGACUAUUCUUAGCUGGAAUAAUGUGGCCAAAAAUCUAAUGAUCUCUAUCGUAUGCUUAGCCAAGAAUCUCUAAGAUGAUUUCUGUUUUGGGCUUUUCUUUGACUCCUUCGUGUUGUUCCCUUCAUAUUUGUUUCGAUUAUCUAAAGAAAAAUUUAUCGAUUACACAAA